AUGAAGAAUCUGCGUCGGAUGUCGAAACGUCAGGCGAAUAAAGGUGUUGUCCCAGUGGUUGAAGCCUCUUCUCAGUUACUUCCUGGGACUCGCAUGCAGGAACACAAGGCGGCGGCCCGGAGACUAGACCUUAACUCACAGCUUGCAACCCAUAUCGGAGAGACUGGCCUUGACUUCGAUAUUCAAGGAACGACCACCGUAGGCCAAGGAGCCUCAAAAGCUCAAAGGUGGACGCUUGAGGCAUGGUACUCAGACGCCCAAUCUGUCAACAGGCAUCUGGCCUUCCCUGCGGCCUACAAGGUCCUACGCCAUUACCGGAUCGAUAAAGAGCGUGCGGAAGGUGGAUUGCCACGCACGACUACGCAAAGCUUCGUAGGCGAAGGCAAGAUGAGUCAGCGGGAGGAGGUGCUGGUCGUGGGCUACCACGGGAUCGCGAAUGGUAUUUUCAUGGUCGUCCCGGAACUCAGGUGA